AUGGCCGAGCCCACAGAUAUUCAAGGGAAAAGUGCCCUGGAGAAAUAUCCAUCGCUCAAGCCCGAGGAUGCGCAAGAUGGAGUCACCCCGGAGGCCCCCCUCUCCACGACCGAGACCGAUGCUGCCUGGGAGGAAAUCGCCCAGCAGAUCCCCUCCAUUGACGACCCCUUCCUGCAGCGGUACCUCGCCGGCCGCGAGAGCCUGAUCGCCAACGAGAAGACGCAGCGCGCCGACGUCGCGUUCCGCAAGUCCCUUUCCCCCAUCGCCAAGCGCGCCUGCCGCAUCGUCGAGCGCAUCCGCGCCGAGGAGCAGCGCACGAUAUGGACCAGCGACGUCGAGGAGAGGAUGGCCAGCGAGUCGCCGCACGUCACCGUCUUCCCCGGCAUGAUGUUCUCCAUGUGCCGCGAGCGCAUGGAGAGCACCACGCUGUGGCGCAUCGUCCGCCGCAUGCCCAAGGGCUCGCUGCUGCACGCCCACCUCGAGGCCAUGGUCGACUUUGACUACCUGAUCCGCGAGCUGCUCGCGCUCCCCAAUGUCCACAUCGCCAGCGACCGGCCGCUCGCGAGCCAUGAUGCCCUUGUCGCCGGCCAGGUGACCUUCCGCUACCGAGCCAAGGAGCGCGUCAAGGGCACCGCCGUCUGGAGCGCCGACUACAAGCCGGGCAAGUUCCUGCUGCUCACGAAGAUGGCGGACGAGUUCCCCGGCGGUGGCCGUGACGGCUUCGUCGAGUGGCUCGUCGGCCGCUGCACACUGCACCCGCAAAACGCGCAUCACCAGCACCACGGCAUCGACGCCAUCUGGGACAAGUUCCAGGACUGCUUCAUCGCGUCGGCCACCAUCAUGACGUACGAGCCCAUGGUCCGCGCUUACCUGCGCGCGCUGAUGCGCCAGUUGCUCGCCGACGGCGUCCGCUGGGCGGAGCUGCGCUUCGCAUGGCCGCUCAACUACUGCCGCGACCGCCACGAGCAGCCGGAGCCCGACUACUGGCACCUCUUCACCGUCAUCCGCGAGGAGGUGGCGCGCUUCCGCGCCUCGGACGAGGGCCGCGACUUCUGGGGCCUCGGCAUCAUCUGGACCUCGCUGCGCUCCCUGCCCACGCGGCCGAUCGUCGAGGACAUGGACCACUGCAUCACCACCAAGAUGGAGUUCCCGGAGCUCGUCGUCGGCUACGAUGUGGUUGGGUACGAGAACCGCGGCCGCACGCUGCGUGACCUGCUGCCGGAGCUGUUCUGGUUCCGGCAGCAGUGUGCGCAGGAGGGCGUCUCAGUGCCCUUCUUCUUCCACGCCGGCGAGACGCUCGGCGACGGCGACGGGCCCGACGCCAACCUCUUCGACGCGGUGCUCCUCGGCACGCGCCGUAUCGGCCACGGCUACAGCCUCUACAAGCACCCGGUGCUCGUUGACAUGGUCCGCGAGCGCCGAGUGCUCGUCGAGGCCUGCCCCAUCUCCAACGAGGUGCUCCGGCUGUGCGGCUCCGUCGCAGCCCACCCGCUGCCCGCGCUGCUCGCGCGUGGCGUGCCCUGCUGCCUCUGCAACGACGACCCGGCCAUGAUGGGCCACGGGUCCGCCGGCAUGUCCCACGACUUUUGGCAGGCCCUCCAGGGCUGGCACAACCUCGGGCUCGCCGGGCUCGCUAGCCUCGCGGAGAAUAGCGUACGGUGGUCCGCGUUUGAGGACGAGGACAACGACAAGUGGAUGGCCGGCGUCAAGGCGGCCAGUCUCGGCGACGGCGUCAAGGCACGACGCCUGCAGGAGUGGCAGGUCGAGUGGGAGCGCUUCUGCCUCUGGGUCGUGGACGAGUACGGGGAGCAGUACGACGACACACCGGAGCCGGAAGAGAGCGUCGCGGCUGGCAAGCAACCUGUCGUUGCUGUUCCUGAAGCUGACAAGGCAUGA